AUGAACGCGGCGGCGACACAUGUGGUGUCGACAAUCGCCGAUCUGGUGGUCGCGUACGGUGUGUCGGACGAGUACAGCUUCGUGUUCCACCGGUCGACAGAUCUGUUCGAACGUCGGUCUGCUAAGUUGGUCAGCACCGUCGUCAGCACAUUCACUGCAGCGUAUAUAGCGCUCUGGAGUCGAUUCUUUACGAAUACGAAUGUCGCUACUGAUGUUGGCGUCGGUGCCGAUGAUAGCACCGAUGCCGAUGCUGAUAUCGAUGCUGGGGCAGUAUUAGCGCCGCUGAAUAUGGGCAUGCUGCCAACGUUUGACGGACGGGCUGUGUGCUAUCCUUCGUGGGAUAAUCUGAGGGACUAUAUGUCAUGGAGACAGGUUGAUUGCCAUAUCAACAAUCUCUACAACACGACAUUUUGGGCCAUGGUCAAUAAGGGAAACAUGUCACCCACGGCCGCUGAGGAGGAGCUCAAAGGUACAGUGGCAGCGGACAAGAAUGAGAUUCUAUUUAGUCGGUUCGGCAUCAACUACAAUAAUGAGCCCGAGAUGUUUCGCAAGGGGAGUGUGGUAUUUCGAGAGUAUGCCCUGGUGGCCCCUUCUCAGCAAGAUGUCAAGGCAGACGAUGGUCGGGAAGGAGGAGGAAUCAUAUCAAGGGACGAACGAGAUGGUUUUGGAGGGGGAGUGCAGCAAUCAGUGUCCAAGACACAGGCCGAGAAGAUGAAAAGAUUGAGACGAAAGGCCAAAGUCGUGGUCAGGCAUGUCGACAUCAUCAAGGACGACUUUUGGGUGCAACGACCUUGGUUGAGGACAGGAAAGCCCGGGGAGUUGGUGGUCGGGAAUCAAGAUCCGCAGGUCUGA